AUGACAGCCUGUGGGCGCUGCUCGGAUGCACCACUCCUCCACGUGUGCCACCCGCUUCCCUUCAGACACACGGGGGCAGAAAGACAGACACUAAGAGAAAAUGUGUAUCCUAAAUUGAGAGAAUUCUGCAGAGAAAAUUAUGGAUUAGAAUUUCAGACAGAUAAAGACACCUGUGUGGUACAAGCACACCUGUGCGGGGCCAUAGCCUGGGAAGUGCUCAGCAUCCCCGGAAUCUGCUCGGGGUCCAGGGGAGGACCGUGCUGUGCUUCCGUCUCACUCAAUGCCAUGCAGACGGUGAUAGACCUGUACUGGGGCGUGGACGAGGACGAGUGGGACAGCCCGGAGCUGCAGAAGACGCGCAUGAGGCUGCUGGAGGACUGUCUGAAAACUUCUGCAGGUCCAUGUUUUGUUGGACUCUUAGGGGAAAAAUACGGGAACAUCCGAAUCCCCGGAGAAGUGGAAGCCUCAGAGUUCGAGAUGAUUUUGGACGCUGCCGUCGAGGCCAAGCUGGAGACUCAGCUCCUGGAGGAGUGGUACUGUCGAGACGAGAACUCCGUGCCAGCAGCUUAUUACCUCAGACCCAAAUCAGAAAUGCUGAAGAGCAAUAAAAAUGGAAUGCAGCCAUCUGCCAACGCUGAGAAUGGGAAGACCUGGCAAGAGAUAUCAGACGAGAUCAAAAAGAUAUUUAAGGCUGCGGUGAAACUGUUACAUGAAAAGGGGAAAAUGAAGCACGGCCAAGCUAAGAGGUACCUGUUCUCAGCCAUAGAGGACGAGUUCGACUUCGCUCUCGGAAAGCAAACACCAGCGUUCCUGAAGAAGUGCGUCUGCUACAUCAGGAAAAUUGCCAACAUUGAGCGUUUUGUCAAAAUCCCAGAGAUGGGAAAAUACAUGGACAUAACUGGAACAGAACCAAGGAUUAUUCGGGACCCAGAAGCCCAAGAGAAGCUGAUAAAACUCAGGGAUGAAUUUAUUCCAACUAUUGUCGCGUCAUCUAAUCUCCGGGUGUACACAUCGGUCACUCACUGUGACAUGAAGCUUGGCUAUUCCCAGGAAAUAGAAAAUCACUACAUCGAAGGACUGGGCAAACAGUUUUAUGAGGAUAUGAUUGAUAUAAUUCAGGCAACGGUACAGCAGAACUUUGACACUGAAACUGAUACGCUCUACGACGAAAUCCUCCAGCAUUCGUCAUUGUGUAAAACAUACGCCUCUUUCUACGAGUACAAGUGUGAAUCUCUAAACAUAGUUCAUAAAUACAUCCUCCCAAGCAAAACCGGGCACAUCCACCCGCUUGUUGUGUACGGUGGGCCAUGCACGGGGAAGACGCUUCUGCUAGCCGAAGUAGCAAAGAAGGCUUACGGCUGGCUACAUGAAGACACAGGACCAGAAUCUGACCCAGUAAUCGUUGUGCGAUUUCUAGGAAGCACAGACAUCAGCACUGACCUCAGGACUGUCCUCCUAAGUGUUUGCGAACAACUGGCAGUGAACUACCGGUGUCUGGUCCAGAGCUACCCUAAGAAGAUUCAUGACCUCCGUGACUUGUUCAUAAACCUUUUGAAUGAGUCUUCAUUGCAGAGGCCUCUAGUGAUAAUAUUUGACGCCCUAGAGCAGCUCUCUGAGAGCGACGAGGCCAGGAAGCUUUGGUGGCUCCCUGCUCACCUGCCCCGCUUCGUACGGAUAGUCCUCUCCACACUGCCCAACAAACACGGGAUCCUGCAGAAACUACGGUGCCUUAUCCACGAAGAAAACAAUUACAUCGAGUUGAUUCCCCGCGACAGGAAGAUGUGCAGCCAGGUCCUCAAACACCAGCUGCUGCGAGUCAAAAGGAAGGUCACAUCAGGCCAGCAGAUUUACGUGAACAAUGCGUUCUCCAAGUGCACGCUGCCCAUGUUUGUGAACCUGACCUUCAGGGAGGUGAGACAUUGGCGAUCUCACAAAGACGUCGAUGAAUCCUCCCUCUGCGUCACCGUUCAUGAAAGCAUAGAGCAGCUAUUCUGGUCCUUAGAGAAGAAGUGUGGUCAGAAACUGGUCUCCAGGGCUCUUGGUUACAUCACCAUGGCCAAAAUGGGUCUGAGUGAAAUGGAACUGGAGGAUGUGUUGGCCCUAGACAACAGUGUUAUGAAUGAGAUCACGGAGAACUCCCGGCCCAGCAACCCCCUGAGGGUACCUUAUUUGUACAUCGCGAGGCUCAAGGAGGGUCUCAGUGGAUACUUAAUAGAAAGACACGUGAAGAACAUCACCCUCCUGGUCUGGGCCAACAGACACCUGCAGCUCAUAGCCCAGAAGCUGUAUCUGAAGGACGACAGUGACCUGCAUGAAAUGCACACCAUCCUGGCAGACUAUUUUCUGGGGGUCUGGUCAGGGGGCAGGAGGAAAGCUUUCUGCCUCGAAGACCCCUACUUGAAUGGCUGCCUCGACUUGGAAAGCAGGAGCCUGCUUGAGGAAGAAAGGCACUUCAUGGAACAGGCUUCUUUUGACAGACAGGCCCCAGACCAGCCUUGGGUUUUCCAGUGUAACCCACUGGAGCCUGACAUCUUUUUCGUCAAUCACCGGAAAAUGUCCGAGCUCUUGCACCACCUGACCAGGUGCGGGAAAACCGACGACCUGCUUUAUGGCAUCAUCAUGAACUUCAGCUGGCUUUACACCAUGAUCAAAAUUGGCCAGUUCGACAAAGUGCUCUCAGACAUCGAGCUGGCUUACAACUACACGCAAGAGAAGGAGCUGAAGUUCCUGGCCAGCACCCUCCGCGGCAUCAAGAACAAGAUCGUCGCCUUCCCUGGUUCCCUGUCAGCAGAGCUGCAGCAGAGGCUGCUGCCUGUCGUAAGUUCCCUGCCCAAACUGAGACACCUUCUUCUAGAGUGCGACAAAGACGGGCCCAAAUACUGCUCCAUUGUGCCAUUACACUCAUCCAUGGACGUGACGUACAGCCCAGAGCGUCUUCCCUUGUCGUCCAGUCACCUGCAUGUCACUGAGAUUCUGCCGACUUCUAACCCCAGCACUGUCCUCGCUGCUUUAGAAAAUGGCUCUAUCAGCACAUGGGACGUGGAAACUCGUCAGUUACUCAGGCAAAUCACAACAGCCCAGUCUGUCAUCCUGGGCAUGAAACUCACCAGCGACGAAAAGUAUCUCGUGGUGGCGACCACCAAUAACACCUUGCUGAUUUAUGACAACGUCAACUCCUGUCUCCUGUCCGAAGUGGAAAUCAAAGGGACCAGGCACGGAAGUGGCUCGCCCUACAUCAAUGGAUUUACCCUGUCUGUCAACCAUGCCCUUGCAUGGCUGGAAGCCAGCAAAGAUGUCACCGUCAUCGAUCUGCUCUAUGGCUGGCCCCUUUACCAGUUCCACUGCUGGUACGAAGUGACGUGCGUCCAGUGCUCUCUGGACGGGAGCUAUGCUUUCUGUGGGCAGUACCUGAACACCACCACCAUAUUUCACUUAGGGAGUGGAGAAAAGGUGUGUACAGUGACAUCUGAGUUUUCAGGUGGCUUUGUGCAGUUUCUUCUUAUCUUGGACACGGCCCAAGAAAUGGUCAUGGUUGACAGUGAAGGAAGCCUUUCUGUCUGGAAUACGGAGGACAUUGCCAACCCCCAGCUGACGGAUGACUUCAACUGCCGGAGAGAAGGCAGCGAGGUGGUCAGCAUUGAACUUUCAGAGGACCAAAGUGCAAUUCUGAUCUGCAAAGCCCUCAGCAUUGAGCUCUUAGAUACCGGCAUGUGGAAGGUGGCGGAAAAGUUCAGGGCUAAGCACAACGAACGCUUCAUAUCUGCCGUGCUGUCCAAAAAUGGAGACUGCAUCAUUGCGACCAUGGAAAAUACCUCAGCCGUGUUUUUCUGGAGGCGGGACACGGGACAGUGUAUGGCAAGCCUGCAGGAAAUCUCAGGUACCAUAGUUAAGCUGGUGAAGUCCAGUCACCACAAUAUGCUGCUCUCUUUAUCAACCAGUGGCGUCCUGUCCGUGUGGGACAUCGACAUCAUCACAGCCAUGUCCAACAUAGACAAGACUGGAAAACCCAUCCAGAGCCUGGUGUUGCCUGCUAGAGGGGAAAUCAUUUACUCCCUGGAUGGCUCUGACUGUGUUCACAAGUGGAACUUCAGCAGCGGGUUCAUCGAAGCCGUGUUUAAGCAUGAAGGAAUCGUUGAACACUGCGUGUUGACAUCCUCUGGAGACAUCAUGGUGACAGCGGAUGACAAAAGCAGCCAGUACGUCUGGCACACCAACAGCGGUGACAACCUCUUCCGAAUCAACGGGCAGAGAAUCUCUCAGCUGCUCAUCACACACAACGACCAGUUCGUGGUCUCUCUGUGCGAGGAAAACGCCUCCAGGGUGUGGAGACUGGCCACGGGCCACAGGGUCUGCAACAUCCUGACCACGCUGCAGAACGCCUUCAUAACCUCCGCGAACACCUUCGUGGUGGGGAUGACCAAGAGCAAGGUGCUGGCGGUCAGCCUGUGGACGGGAAGCAUCACCAAGAAGUUUUGCUGUGAGGAUGGCACCUCCAUUGUGAGUUUCAAGCUGAUCCCCGACUGCCCCGACAUCGUCGUGUUCAUCACAUCGGCCGAGACGGUGAACGUCUGGAGUCUGACGGACGAAGUGAUCUGCCGCCGUGUGCAGCUCCCAAGCAACUUCCUGAAAAGCCUAGAGGAUUUUGAAAUUUCUCCCAAUGGGAAGUUAGGCAUUCUAUCCCGGGGAGAUGAAAAUAUCAACGUGCUAGAUUUACACAAUGGUAAACUGCGGGUGGUUCACGCCUCCGGGGUCAUCUGGCGGCAGAGACUGUCUCGGGACGGUCGGUACCUGGUAUACAUUUGUUUCCGAAGCGGGGAGGAGGAGGAGGAGGAGGAGAACGGGGCCACGUCCAGUUUAAUUGUCAUGAGACUGGCCGACGGCAAAAACAUCGGUGCUUGUUCCCUGUACAAAACACCCACUUUCCUCGCGCUCUCCCAGAGGCACCUGAACAUCGUCGUGGGCUUUGACGAUGGGAGCAUAGGGAUAUACACGGUGGUGGACCGCGUGGAUGCCGCGCUGAAGAUUAAAAUCGCCACUUCCAACAGCAGACAGAUAUUCAACAACGCGGCACAGACGUCCAGGCCAAAGUGCAGCAGUCACUGUUUCAAAGUGUCUGUGGACUGCUUGUGGAGAGAGUCGACGGAGGUCUUCGCACGAGACAGUCCCAUCACAGUGAGUGACUCCGCGGAGUCGAACGAGGCGACGCCCUCCAAGAAACACAACUCUUGCUAUGAGCGGAUGUGCUCUGUCCUGGAGCCCAGGGGCCACAGCUAUGGCCCUGACAACUGACGGGAGUGUUCAUCCUGAUCAGCGGAAAUGCGAGACACACACACACACACAAGAGUGGGGUGGGGGCAUGUCUUCUGUGUUCCGAAUGAUAAACUCCUCGUUUCUGAAAAUGCA